UAUUUGUUAGUAAAUUUGAAACAGAAUUUUAUUCCAUUCCGGUAAGGAUUCGGAUUAAGACCAGGUGGCAGGAGAGGAAAUAUAGAUUAUCUGACGGAAGUAUAUUGUCUUAUUUUUACGAUCAAGUGCGAGCAGCUCAGUAUUUAUCACCUCGUUUAGGGAAUUAUGAAAUGCAUUAUACAAUUGUUCAGCAGCUGCCGUUUAGAGUAAGGGAAAUAUUGGCUACAGUUGAUUAUGCGGACACGACCAUAUUGGUUCAGGCAUUGGAGCAAUUGGAUAAGUCAAGAGAAAUUGAAAACGAAAGGUUUAGAAAUACUCAUAAUAGGGAACAGAUUAGUGACACAAUAAAAAAGCAAGUUAAUCAAAUAAGUGUAGAUAAGGCUAAUCAGAUGAGUGAUCAGUACUCAGAACAUAAUAGUAAUAGGCACAGAUGGUUUGUCUUUGCCCGACAUGAGAUAUCCUCCUCCUAAUGUAAACAUACCACAAGUUCAAAGUUCGUUUAAUAAUCAUUCCUCGUUAAACUAAUGAAGGGUGUGGGAGAUAUUGGUCCGUCGAGGCACACCCAAAGAUAUGAUUUCGUAGAGGAAGUUGAAGAGGACCUUUGUCAAAAUAAUCGUGAUAAUGGUGAUAAUGCGGAGAAUAGGGCAAAUAAGUGUCUGUAUAUGCUCGUUACAAUAGGGGGUCGUGUGUAUUCGGCAAUGGUGGAUACAGGUAGCCAGCUCUCAUGUGUCUCGGAGCAGUUUUAUAAGCAUGUAUUAGCACACUUAGCAAUACCGGAGCUGCCUGUUUCCAACAUGCAUGUAAUUACAGCGGUGGGUAGGAAGGCGACUGCUGUUAAAAAACAAUUGUUUGUAAAAUUUGCUAUGGGAGAAGUCGUAGAUGAACACGUUUUUUUUGUUAUAUCUGGGUUAACAUCUACCAUAAUUUUGGGAAAUGAUUGGUUAGACCGCGUUGGUGCAAUAUUAGAUUAUGAUGCAAAAUCGGUAACAGUAAAGGGGGCCGUACUCUCUUCGGGGCUUACUAUGUUUGGGAAUGGUGCGGUCAAGGAAGUGUCUGU